CUGGAGUUCGGUUUUAUCGUGAAUAAACGUGAUGCAGGUGGAUCGAAAGCCUGUGUAUUACGACUCCGACUCGGACAACGAGCCCGGUCCAUCGACUCCUCGUCGCACCCAUAUGAAGCGCACUACCCGCGCCCCCGAGGCCUUUUGGGAUGCCGAGGAUCACGACGAACCUGCUUUUGUCUCCCCCGAGCAGAAGGCCGCCGAUGCCAAGAAGGCCGAGGAACUCGCCAGGAUCGUGAGUGCACUCAUGUCUGUCUCGGACAGAGGCGAGGCCAUCGAUACGGAUGCCGUCAGCAAGGUGAGCCUCGGACCCGCAGCACCCAGUCCUGUCUUUCUCGCUCUCAAUCGCGUCAAUGUUCUCAACUGGCUUCUCUGCACCCCAAAGAUCAUUGCUGGCGUCAUGAGUGAACGCUCCCCCAGAGAGCGUCACUCCUUCACUCCCGCACCCAAGGCCUCCAAGGGUACCAAGGUCAAGACUGAGCGUGGCUGAAUGAAUGGUGUAUUGUUUUGUUUGUCGACACAGUCAUGAAUACAUUCGCGCUGCGCCACUCGUCGACAA